UAUAUUAACGAAUAUUUUUUUAUUUAACUUCAUCGUACAACAAAUUGUAAACAUGUCGACAUUGUUUUCAAUGUAUUGUUUAAAAUUAACCAAUUACAAGUCUCGACAUAAACAAUUGACAACAAUUUUGAAAUGUUGGGCAUCAUCAUCCACUUCGGAAAAUGAAUUGAAUGAACAAAAAAGACGUCAACAAAUAUUGAGUAAAGGUCUUCCAGAAAAAAAGCCCAUAAAAGGAGUAAAACAAAUUGUACUAGUUGCUUCAGGAAAAGGUGGAGUAGGAAAAUCUACGACUAGUGUUAAUUUAGCCACUGCACUUAAAAUUAUCGAACCAGAGAAAAAAAUAGGGCUACUAGAUGCUGAUAUAUUUGGCCCUACGAUACCUCUUAUGAUGAAUCUUAAUGAAGCACCGCUUACUAAUGAUGAGAAGUUCAUCGAACCUCUUGUAAAUUAUGGCAUUAAAUGUAUGUCGAUGGGAUUUUUAGUCGAUAAAAAAAGUCCAGUAAUAUGGAGAGGAUUAAUGGUGAUGGGUGCAUUAGAUACUUUGUUACGUAAAGUAGCUUGGGGUCCUCUUGAUUAUCUUAUAAUUGAUACUCCACCUGGAACUGGUGAUACUCUUUUGUCAUUAACUCAAAAUAUUCCUCUCAGUGGUGUUCUAAUUGUCACAACACCUCAAAAGGCAGCUUUAGAUGUAGCUCGACGAGGAGCUAAGAUGUUUCAAAAAUUAUCAAUCCCCAUUGCUGGUAUCGUUGAAAAUAUGUCAAGCAUCAUUUGUCCAAAGUGUGCUAGUGAAGUUCCACUGUUUGGAGAUGGUAGCAUGAAUUUAUCACAAGAACUUGAAGUUCCAAUUUUAGCUAAGUUUUCGUUAAACGAAAAAAUAUCAGAGUGUGGUGAUUCAGGAAAACCAAUCAUUUUUGCUGAACCUAAUUCUGAACAUGCAAAUUUAUAUAGAGAUUUAGCAAAGAAAAUGGUAGUUUUUUUGCAAAAACAAUCAAUUAAUAAUUUGUAA